UUGUCCAGCCUCAGGCGGUGAAAGUAGGAGACAGAAUCUGUCUCUACUGCGAUGAAGGACCAGGAUUUGUCUACUCUCUCGUUUCCAGCACACGGCAUAUGUCUGUAGCUGUCAGCGUGCAGGAGUCACGAGAUGCGAAGAGUCCGAAUCUUCCUAAUAUUCACGCUGCUGCAUUUCAUGUGUUGGCACCAAACAAGUACAAAGCUCAAAAGAAACUCCAAAAAUUUCAGAAUGAAAUCGGAAACAUUUCAAAGAGCCAGAUGUCACCAAGUCAGCUAGAAAAUCUUCGGAUUCUUGAGAAAAACUAUCAAGCAGAGUGUGAUGACAACAGACAAGAGCAGCAGAGACAGCACAACAAACCUUUAGAAUAUGGACAUGUCGUUCAGUUGCAGCAUGUGUUUACCAAGAGGUUCCUUUCAGUAAGCACAACAUUAACAUCUCAGGUGGAGCCAACAAACAUGCAGGUUGAAUUACGUGAGUUCAAUGCUAAACAUGGGAGAUUCAGAGUGUUACCACGAUACAAAGUCAGAGCCAUUGGAGACAGGGUGAUGGUUGGUGACCAAAUUCAAUUGGAAAGUGUUAAAACAGAGGGACAAUUCAUUCACUGCAGCCACGCAACAUUUGGCGAACAUUCCACCGAAACUACAGGGAAAGAACUGAAUUUGUCUGCAACUCAGUCGGCGCUCACCGUCAUAAGUCACUUCACACCAAAGGUGGAACACGGACCAAACGAUCUCAAGGCCAGCAGUGUGAUACGUUUGUAUCAUCGUGAAGAAGAGGCAUAUCUUGCAGCAGAAGGCUCGUUUGCUGAAGAGAAACCUGUCGAGAAUGUUCAUUUGCGUGUGCGUCAUCCAUUGGUUGCAAAGCCGCACAGUCUUCUGCCAUCGACGAGUGCGAUCACGUAUUGGCAGAUUGAGUUGGAGAGUUCUCCGGCUAGUGGUGAGGUUAUGCGAUGGGAGCAACGCUGCAGACUGAGACAUGUGUGCACUCGACAGUAUCUGGCAUUGCUGCCUGGGCCUGGAACGUCUCAAGUGUCACUAACCACAGAUACAGGUUUGUCGUCAGUGUUUCGAUUGUUUCCUGUGAUUCAAGAAGGAGACAGCAUAACAUAUGAUUCUUACUGUCGAAUUGAACAUGUGGAAACUGGACAGUGGCUUCAUGCACGCAAAGCUGAAUACAAACGACAAGCGCAUAAACUUGUUCGUCAACAAUCAACAUCAAUGGAAAGACUUGACUGGGACACAGCAAUACUUAGACAAAUUGGCUCAUCACCACAGAUGAACUACGAUGAUGCCUUUACAAUCCAACAGGUGGAUGAAGAGCUUGUUGAUAUCUUCAACUAUGUAGCCGGAAUGGUUCCUGUUGUUCAACAGUAUAUCACAGCUAGGAAACGAAAUAAGUUGCUGACAACGAAAACGGCAGACAGAAUGCAGAAGGCACUGACUGAAUUGGGAGACUUUCAGAUUGUCAAUGGAGAGCCUGUGAAGGACCGACAGAAACUUCUCAGAAAUCUAAGGCUCUUAGAUCUGCUUGUUGAUUUGCUCAAACUUUAUGAUCCAAAUCGAGACGACGCCAUGAAACAGAGAAGUGUAUGUCAACAUGCUUAUCGUGCACUAGAGAAGUAUCUUGUUGGAAAUAGCAGAAAGAAUGAAUUGUAUGUGGCCAAAUACAUUCCUUGGUACCAAACUCAGAUUGGACUUGGUCUGAAUGCUGAAACGAUGGUGAUGGAGCUGGUACGAGACAACAGGAAAAUUGUUGAUCGAAUUGAAGAGUCACAGAUUGACAAAUUCAUUGAAUUCCUACAGAAAAAACGAGAUCAUCGAUAUCUCGACUUCUUGGGCGUGUUGUGUGUUUGUGAUGGAGUGGCCAUUCCAUCCAAUCAAGAUUACAUCACAAAGAAACUGUUGCAAGAUACAAGGAGUAUCGUUUACCUGACUGAAGUUGGAAGUGCUUUAAAACCACCUCGAGACAGAAGCCAGGUCUACAUGUCACAAGAUCAAGGAAACACAUGGGUGGGAUUACGUGACUUCACAAAGAACCAGGAACACAAACCAACCGAAGAGUUCAACUUCUUACAGCGACAACUUGAUCUGUUUGGCAAGCUGUGCUAUGGAAGAAACAAAUAUGUUAUUGAUGUCAUCACGAAGGAUUUGUGCUAUUUGACGUGGAACGAAGCGUUCAUUUGUCUGAAGGAUGAAUUGUUGCCUGAUAACUUGAGAGCCAAUUAUUGCGAACUAAUUGUUGGUUUGUUCGUUGAUGUCGAUGACAAUCGGUCAGUUCUUGACAAGCUCUGCCUAUCCUAUGUUUAUGACAAAGUAGAGGCGAAACCAUACUCAAGGGCUGCAGACGAUCCACAGGAGGCUAUUACCGGAGUUCGUAUGGCCUUCUUUCCUGAACUACGAAAUUGGAUUGCAGACUUUAUGCAGAUGAAUCAGGACAUGACAGCAUCAAAUAUUGGCCACAACCAGUUGGUAGAGCAAGUACUGCGGCUUGUUCACUAUCUGGUUCGCUUUGGCUACUAUGCCAACAUUGAAGACAUUCACACUCUACUGAGACCAUUACUCAGUGUUCUAGAUGGAACAAACGACAAGCCAUUUGAAGGAGCAAAAAAAGAGAGACAUUCUGAAGCUCUGAAACAAUAUCAGCUUGAAGGUCGUUUUAAACACAAUCCUCAAAACACGGCUGUGGUUGAUGCAAAGCACAUGGCAAUGCAAGUUUUGGAGCUUCUCUUCAACUUUCGUUUUAACAUUAGACUUGAGAGAUUCAUUUAUCAAUUCAAGGCAGCUAGCGAAGGGCGUACUGACAUACUGUUUCGUCAAUCUACUCGACACGGACGAUUCCCACUGUCGUCUCGAGUGCAAUCAUCUCAUGGACAGAGACAAAUGCUGGACUCAACUGGGUUAACACGAUUGAUGAAUGCAGACUGUGAUGUUCUUGCUGAUGAUGCUUUUGCAGAGUUCACAAACGACCAAUUAGAAGGAAUCCUCCAAGAAAGUGCAUACUUUGAAGACAAGAAUCUAGUGGCAAUACUCAAGGAUCUAUCUGACUACGACUACGACAAGAUGGUUGUUGAAUCCAUGAAACUAAUGAGUCGCUAUUUCUCUGCACACUCAACUUUGUUUGAAAGGGCUGUGCAAGCACAGGUUUUGAUCCAUCCAAAGUCUGUUGCUGUCUACCAGAGGGUCGAUCAGACACUACCAACAUUGAGACGUCUUGUGAGCGCCAAGUUGACACAAGAACAGGAGAGAACAGUAGUUAAACUGAUCGAUGAAUACACACGAAUGUGUAUAUUGGAUCCAGAAGCAGACGUCGACGAACCUCACAAAAUGAACCAGAAAAUUCUGUACAAUUUUGGUGUGUUGGCAGAUAUUUUUGACAUACUUGAUAAAGAGAUUGACAUCCGACUGGCUCAAUAUGAGGGAUUAAGAGAGAUCUUCCGGAAAUGUUUUCGAUUUCUGCAAGCGAUGGCUCGCGACAACACUGUCGUGCAAAAUCGGUUGUUUGAUCGUCUGGACAAGCUUCUUGGCGUGCAUGGCACUGAAGCUGAGCUUGCCGAUGCUCUCACUGAGGUGUUCACUGGUAACCAAGAUAUGUGCCUCAAGAUUCGUGGUGAUCAAGUGCAAAAGAUAGUCGAGUUGCUGGCACAGCACCAACUCAAUGCCAGCGAGUUCCUGGAGCUUCUCAAAGCUGUUGUUAAGGUGGAAGAGCUCGACUUGCCACUCAAGAGAAAUCAGGCAUUUGUGAUGACAUACAUCAAUCAGAAUCGAGCAAAACUUGCCUGGAUUAUCGAGAGAGAUACAGCCGACAAGCGAAAGCAACUAUUGAAAGCUGGGGACAUGGAUGACCCAGAGCUGAGCUAUCUAACAAGAUUGGUGGACUUGCUGGCGACGUGUGCCGAGGGUGAGAACAGAUUUAUCGAGUCGAUGUGUCAGAACAUCUUUUCUAUUGAAGAUCUGCUGGAGAUACUAACUGAUCCUGAGAUUUCACACGCAUGUAAACGGCCGUAUCUUCGCUUCUUUGUGUGGGUGUAUUUGAACACAGCUGGUGGCAAGGUGGACAGUGGUGCAGCGGAUCUAGUGCAUGACAGAGACAUGUGGAAUUUCAUGAAGUUGUUGAAUGAUUCUCUUAAGCGGCUUAGUGCAAGCGUAAGGGGCAUGGAGAGAGACACAAAGAAGAUGCAAUCGGUGAAGAUGAGCUUGAAAGCUCAACGAAGAAAGUUUGACACGCCAAGCAAGACGGCAUUAUUAGCAGCCAAGAAAGUGGAUCAGCACAAACCGGCUGAGGGAAGAGUGUUGGAAGAAGGCUUUCUUGUUUACAUUUUUGAAGCUGUUCUUCCUCUUCUUCACGUUUUCUAUACUGAAUACUAUCGACCUGAAGACGAAUCUCAUCGCAUGGAGAUUCAAAUUUCGAAAGCUCUCACUCAGAACUUGCUUCAAAUAUCGGAUGAGAUUAGUCGUUUCGUUGCGGAUGAAAAUCAGUUCAGACUUCUUCACAGCACAGUAACGGCCAUGCUGAACCAAGAAAGUCUCCAAUUUUCUGACGAGGUUCCGUGCAUCUUUAUGAUCACAAAGUUUCAGCAGCUCUCAGUAGAUUCUCAAGUAGAUGUUAGAAGUGAAGCAAUGAAGCGAUAUGAACGUGAAUUCCACAACGAAGAGAAGCGAAACGACUGUCUCAACCAGUUUGUUGUGAACUUUCAAAAGGCGUAUGAAGGAAAGAACACAGUGAGAGCACAACUUGAAUUUCCAUCCGAUGAAGAAUAUUGCGAAUGUGGAGGAGACGAGGACCUUCCACUGGGAAAGGAAUUUCAGGAUCACGUUGCUUGUUUCACAAAUCGAAGUGGAGGAGUGGAAACGCAUGGAGCCAAACUGGUGGAGCAACUACAUAUUUCAUACAGCAAUCCGGAUCUGGGUCGGAUGAGUGAGGCGGAACGUUUGCAACAGGAACAAACGUCUAUAGCCAGUCUUCAGGUUCUAAGGGCAAUAAUUCACAACCAGAUUAAGCAGCUCCCAGACGACGAGAGCGGUCACUCCAAAGCAUACGUGAAGGGACUCAAGAGAGUUCGACUCGUCCAAGAUGCUCUCAAUGCAUUUGAAGCCCCUCUGAAGAUUAUUCCUCUGCUGUCGGAUAGCAAUGACAACAUUGUUCGAGAAACGUUGGCUUUGUUGGCCACUAUGCUUUUUGCAGGGAACAGAUCUGUUCAGGCCGGCUUUGAGCAUUACUUUCUACACACACGAGAGGAAAUGUUUUUUAUUGACGUUCAAGGACGACUUCGGCGUUCAAUAGUAGCAACAAGAGAGAGACGAGCCUUACUUGCUCAACAUCGUGCCAAAGUCUCAAAAUCAAAAGAAAUGAUGGAGACUCUUCGGUUGAAAACGCAGGGAAAGUCAGCUGUCAAUACAACUUUGGCUGCUGCUGGAAAAGCCGCAGACGAAAUCGAGUUGAAAGAGCUUGAAAUAAAGGAGGGUGUGCAUGAGGUGGAAGACGCAUCGGAUGCACUUCGUUUCAGAGACGAUGGCUACAUUGAAUUAGUUCUUCGAAUCAUGGGCUACAUGUGUGAUGGCCAUAACACAGUCCUCCAGGAUUAUCUUCGUGUGCAACCUGAUAACAUCAGGUCAUUGAAUCUUGUUGCUGAGACAACGACCUACUUGCAGCUGUUUUUUGGCGGCAUUAAUGAAGACAAUGUUGAACUUGUGACACAAGUGUUUGAUACGCUAAUUGAGUUUCUCUCAGGCAAUCAAGAAAAUCAAACUGUUGCGUUCGAUUAUCAGAUCAUUGAUGCUAUCAAUGAUGUCCUCAGAAUGGAUACAAAACACUGGAAAGAUCACGGAGCAGCACUUCGACUCAAACAGUCGGCAAUGACUGUACUACAAUCAAUGAUUGAAGAGAAUGAUCCCAAAACUAUUCGACUGGCACGAGAAAUUCUAGAAACGGUGCACGUUGAGUCUUUGUAUGAGAACAUGGCGGCCGCAUUUGAGGAAGCUCGACAAAUUCCUGGUGAUGAUGGAGAAGAUGCCCGCACACUUGCCUUCUCUAUUCAUCAUAUUCUGCUUGCAUUACAAGAUUUUGGCCAGAAAAUCCAGGGAAAGAAAUGGCAGUUUAGAUACAAUCCUUCAGGAGAAGAAUUGGGAGCUGAGUCCAUAUUGGCGGAGGAUACGAUGUCUGUUGAGAUACUACGUGAUGACGAGAUACAGAAGGUUUACUUCAGAGUAAGGAAAAAGUCUGCUCUUCGUGAUGAAGUGAAGGAGCAUCUGAAAUGGAAUAUCUCUCGAGAAAGCCCCACUGACAAGCUGAGAGACUUCCUAGAUUGGGCUCAAGACAUUCGUAGUGACAUCAACUUUCAGCAAAAGGUCAGAAAGCACUGGUUGGCGUCACUCUUUAUUGCUGGAAGACUUGUCUGGCACUGGAGUCUGCUGGUACUUAGUCUUGUUCUCAACAUUUUCUUGUUAGCAACAUGGACUUCUCCACGUGAUUUUGACAAACAUUUUCCUGAAGUUGAAGACUAUUUCUAUCCGGUUCUCUUUUCUUUGGGAGGAAUACAUCUCUUCUUGUCAUUCUGCAUGGUCGUGACAUUCUACCUUUCCAACUGGAACAACUUCGUCUUUCCAUCUUUCGUUUACACCAUUUUUCAGAGAGAUCUACCGAAAGAGAGUCAUUCUGCUAUGAACUAUUUUGGUUUGCAGAGUUUGUUUUUUUCGGGUUUUCUGACUUGCUCUGUAUUGGCACUCUUUUUUGAUGGAUAUUUCUACUGUUACCAUUUGUUUAUUAUUGUUGUGAACAAUGACAUAUUGGGUCGUGUAUUGCAAUCCAUCACAAGAAAUGGCAAGUCAUUGCUGUGGGUUGCUGCUCUGAUGGUCAUCAUCAUCUACGUCUACACAGUCAUUUCGUUUGCUUUUCUUCGUGAGUCAUUUCAUCGAGACGAAGGACUGUUUUGUGAGAAUCUCGGACAAUGUUUUGUCACAUCACUGAAGUUUGGGUUACUGUCUGGUGGAGGCCUGGGAGAGGCUCUUCAAUCACGAACAUUUAGCUUUCAUGAACCCGGACUAAGAACAAUCUUUGAUCUUUCGUUUUUCAUUAUCAUCACAAUUAUUGCUCUCAAUAUUGUUUUUGGUAUUAUUGUUGACACUUUCUCCGAGUUGAGAGAUGAAAAGUGGAAGGCUCAAGCUGAUAUGGCAAGUGUGUGUUUCAUUUGUGGUAAUGCAAGCUUUGAGUUUGAGAAACGAGGCAAUGGGUUUGAUCAUCACGUGAAGGAGGAACACAACAUGUGGGCAUACCUCUUCUUCUUUAUUCAUCUCAACACGAUCCUUCCCAACGACUACACAAGCACUGAAGAAUUUGUAGCCAAUAAAUUGAAACACGACGAGAUCGACUUCUUUCCGCUCAACCGGGCUCUCUCACUGGCAGAAACGGAAGACAAAAGUGCCCAAGAAUUGAGUGAACUGAAGAGGAUGGUGCAGCAAUUGCUAGAUAGGCAUGAACGCGAGGACGCAAACCAACGACGUCACCAGGAAAGGCAAGAACAGAGGAAGUGGAAGAGAAAACAUAAGUUGGCAACCGAAGCUGACGAGGAAGAAGAAGAAGACGAAAUAACGACCAUUUGAUUUUUUAAAUUUAUACGCAACUUUGACAAGCAACGAGCUCGAAAGUACUCGUCGAUUAUUAUUUUAUCUACAUGCUGACUGACUCUUUUGCACUAUUGUGUUGCUAGCAGGCGCGUUUUACUGCAAAUUUUAAAUUAAAUGCUCCUGAUGCUGAGUACAA